UUCAAAUAGUCAAUAUAUCGCAUUGUGAUUAACCAUUUCCAUCUGCGUUGAACUUUGUCAACCUACAUUACUUGUUUGAUACUUUAUUUCUAUCUACUCAUUAAUUGUUGGAUUGCUGCUGUCAUUGCCUUUUGGAUCGUCUGUUCUUGAAUCUGUAUAGUGUCCAAACCUGUUGGUCACCACUAACCAUUUCCAAAGUAUCGUUUGCACAAUCCAUAGUACAGUUUGACCUGAAUGAAUCACAGUAUGAGCGACACCCGAGAGUCUCGCGAUAGACGACGCAAGGCUACACAUUCAGCCAUUGAGCGUCGAAGACGAGAGCGCACAAAUGACAAAAUUGCACAGUUGAAGGACAUGCUGCCUUCAUGUGCUGGUCGAUCAGGAUUGCAUAAGCUGACAAUACUAGAAGAAGGAAUUCAGUAUACUCGCAUGCUGGAGGGUCAGAUCCGAGAGCUGCAGUUGAUGGCUGCAAGAGUACCUUUAUUGCAGUCUAGAUCUGCAAUGGAAGCAGCAUCGCCUGCAGUCACAUCCAAAGUCAUGUGUAUGCCAUCAGGACCAGCAUCAAUGCCAACAUGUGCCAAUAUCAAACUGGAAGACACCGCAGAGUCACACGAGUCGUAUCGAUCCAAUGAUCGCCGUGCAUGUCAUUCACUGGGCACAUUGACUACACCAGUUGAUCAGUACCAUCUCGACACGAACCAUUCACUGGGCACAUUUGCUACAUUAUGCUCUGCAUCAAAGAUGCUGCCUUCGCCUGCAUGUUCGCAGAGACAAGCAUCUCCUUUUUCGGAAAUUGCCGGUAUAUGUGACUCCUCUUCCAGCACUCAUAGUCCAUGUGCAGAGAUCAUGUCGCUUGGAUCAAUUCUGUCGUAA